AUGAACUCGGACUACCCUCCGUUGCCUCGCCCAGGAGCUCUGAAAGCCCAAAUUGAGAGCUCGAAACUCCUCCAUGAUACAGAUGUAUUCCCAACUUCGCUGACUACUGUUAAUGACCUGAUUUCGACGGGUCAUCCAGAGUCAUCGACCAAAGUCAUCUCGCCAAACGGAGAUGUUGUCAUCCAGUAUGCAGACUAUGACCAUGUUUCUUCUGAAUCGACAGUCGUUUAUCAGUGGCAAGUUACCAGUGAGCUCCUUGUCUGCAACAGCCCUUACUUUCGGGCAUUGCUAGAUCCCAGCAAAUUCUCCGAGGGGAGGCUGUUCAUGGAACAGCAGCAGGCCUGGAAUGAAAGGCUUGCUCUGAAGAUCCCGGAAGUCUCCUCUUCUGAGAUCCCAGACAAAAAUGCACAGCAUGCUUUGCCAACUGUCAAGAUCCCGGGAGGCCAAUUUGCCCGAAUGUGCGGUGUAGAUGCCAUCGAGCUCUUCCUCAAGGUCUUGUGCGUGGAUUCGUUGCCCAGCGACACCAGAGCCGCCUUUGAAAACGACCUGAAAUUUCAGUCUCCGUCUCUUGUGGCGAGGCUUAUUGAGGUGGCGGAUGCAUUUAACUCUCCGAGAAUUGUCCAGGACGUUCUCCGGAGUGUGGGCUACGCGUUCGGGAAGAGCAAGAUCUCGCUCUUUAAAUUCAGCACUACGCUCUUAAAGCUGAGUGAGGAUCGCAUCCGGCAGAUCUUUUUUGUUGCUGCGUUCCUCAAGGAAUACAACAUCUCCCAAGUCAUGGCGCACACGCUACUUGUGGCUGGCUCCAGUUCCUGGGUCAAUGGCCCUGAAGCCCCCGCAAGAGAAGAUCUGCGCUGGAGAUACUUCUCGAAUGGCAUUGAAGAGGAACUAUACUAUCGGCGACAGUGCGUCCUGAACACCAUCACCGAUCUUCAGGCAUAUUUCCUUCGUAUAUAUGGCGCACUAGAGGAUCAUGAGGGUCCGAAGCCGACGAUAGGUACUGCCCCAUCUCUGGGUACCGCAUUCUCUACAUCCAUUCAAACCCGACAUUUCCAAUGCCGGGGCGGGUUCGGCAACGCCAGCCAGUGCGACGUAUUCCACCUGGGCCAGAUCACCCGAUUUUUCUCUCUGCGAGCCAGGACAAUCUUUCUGGGUUCUACUCUGAUAGACCCGGACUUCAGUCUGGAUAUGAACGAGGGUGACCAGGAUUCUCGCAGUAGCAGUCGAGACCCUUCGGGCCCACCAUCCGACAUCACCCUCAUAAUUGCCUCCCUGAAGCAAUUACCAGACUACCAAAUCGACAGCAACCACAUCGGGUGCGGGGUUCGGCGCCGAAUUCUGCCAGCGUUGGACUGCAUUGAGAAAUUCGUGCUGGAUGGCCGCGGCUUGCUGGGUAUAGACCUCCGGCUCUGGGAUCGGGCGUUGACGCCUACGUCAAUAUCAUGGGCGAGCAAGACCUCUCGAAGGGACCACACUGUCGAUAUUCGCUUUGCAAGAAUCACAGCGGUGCAUUAUCCGUCUCCGGGAAACCCGGAGCCUCGUGCUAGCACCCAGGGAGAGGAUGCACAGUUAUUGUUCACGGCGAAGAAACGGAAUUGGGAGGCAUAG